AUGGUUGAAUCGCUCUUUGAAGAUAUUUUUAGAGUUGAGAAAUUAAACCCAGAUGACAAAAAAUUGUUCGAGAAAGUUAAUCGCAUUGAAGCAAGAAGUGAAAGGUUUGAUAUGUUUAUGCACUUAGACAUCAAUUCUGAGCUGUAUCCGUUAAAGGAGGGACAGAAAUUUUUUCUUAAGGUUGUUUCAACACUCAAUCCUGAUGGUACCCCUGAUACUGGCUACUAUAAUCCGGGCAAUCGACAAUCUUUGGCUGAUACCUUUGAAUAUGUCAUGUAUGGAAAGCUCUACAGAGUAACAGAGAGUACUGGGCGUGAAAAAGCAGAGUUACUGAUUUCAUUUGGUGGACUUCUGAUGAUGAUGAAGGGAGAUCACUCUCAUUUCAACAAGUUUGAACUUGAUCAAAGGUUGUAUCUUCUGAUCAGGAAAGUAUGA